UUCAACCGCCACGGUGUGCAGAAUAUCUCCGACACUCGUGUUGAUUGGAGGUAUAAGGGUAUCCCACUCGCCGUAGAUUUUACAUUUGCUGGAAUUUCCUAGUUUCUGAUUUCGUUUUUUUUUGUCUUCUGCGAAUUUGAUAACAAUCUCGAAUCGCUUGCACGGGUAAUUGUUUCAAGUGUUGUCGAGCGAACUUUGCAAUUGUGGCACUUUUUGAUUCCUCCUGCCUUAUACAAACGGUGAAUUUACAGUGAUUUGGCAGUAGUGAUUGGAAUAAACAACGCCAGUAUAGCUACGCAAACAGUGUGACCGCAAAUACGCAGUGGUCUGGGAAGUUUGAAACGUGUUUCGGAGGCGCACGUACAAAAAAGUGAAACACAAACGAAUGAAUAAGUGAUAAACCUGCUGUAAAGGAAAAGCUGAGCUUCUUUAAUCGAAAAAUCAUCCUGAAAACGAAAAAAAUAUCUAAAAAGUGUCGUUCAAAGUGUUGUCCAAGCUAUAUGAGUGAAACUUGUACAUGAAUAGAAGAAGUCGGAGGAAAUUGUGGUCCAAUAGUUGAUAAAGUGUGUCCCAAAAAAUUGCAAGCUACUGUUUGCAUUAACGGGCGAAUUUCGGGAGAUCACUUCUUGGCCAAAGGAUCGUCCUAUUGUACCAGCUGCUGAAGGAAUCUAGGAGAAAGCAAACAUUAAACGAAGCGCCGAUAAUGAAUCAUUUCUCUGUUGGAACAACUAUUUGAAACAACCAACAUAUCACCCGCACGCACACACACACUCAACAUCUCGCUCGCUCGCUAUAAACAACACCUCACAUCACACAGCUCGCCCGACACCACAUCAGCGCCGAGGCUCUGUCUGAUCUGUGGAAGCGAAGGGUGAGUGGCAAGCGCGAUCUAUUCCCCCGGAUGUUCAGACCAGGAUUAGAGCAUACAAGUUGGGACCCCAACGGGCAGCAGUGAUAUCGUUGCAUUGUUGUAGUGAAUCCCAGCUCGAAUCGACUAGGAACGACUGAACCCGGAAGAAAAUCGAAGGCAAGACUUGGUAACCAGGACAAAGUUGUUCCUCGACAAGAGCUCGGAGAAAACAAACGUCCAGUCGGACACCGCUAAGUGCAGCAGAUCCAUCCAUGCCUUUCAAUAUAGCGGACUUUCGAGUGAGUUGAAGUUUCAAUAAAAUGGGCCAAGAGAAGUCUCUGCCCGCCAGAUGUACUUCCGCACAUGACUACCACCACCAUCACCACCAUCUCCAUCAUCACCACCACACGACGUCUUUGGCUUCGACGACGGGAUCCAAAUCUUCCACUGCGCCCUCCCGUUCCCCAUCCACUGCUUCGACGACCUCCUCGGCAUCGUCUGCGUCGGCGGCUUCCUCGUACAAGAGCGUAGAGCGCCAGACCAAAUACCUGAACGAACACUUAUAUAUCAAGUCCUACCUGGACAUCGAGGAAGAGGACAGAAACGCUAAGCUGCUAUUUCAGAAGGUGCGCCCCGGCGGUAUACGAAAUUACACGCCAAAAAUUCUCUCGGACAACAACAAACAAGAUCUUGAUGUGUGGAUAUAGCAGUCGGGGACACGACAUUUUCUACACAUUCGCUGAAACUAUCACCUAAAUAGAAACUGCUUACAGGAAUACUAACUAUCGUAUGAACGACUCUUUUCGCCGAUUCCUAGAAAUUCCCUUUCAGCGUGACACCAUACAAAAGAUAUUUUCGAAAAACCCCACUUACGACACUAGUUCUCUCGUGCAAUGGCUCUUGGACUCGCUUCCUUAGCGGCAGUAGCUGGAGGAAUAACGCACACCCCGAUAGCACUACUCACUCUCAUACCACUUAUAGCUGUAGGAGUCAAUUACUAUAGAUACCAAAGUGUGGAUCCGGAAUCGAAACCCAUAGACGAACAAACAAUAAGACGCUACUAUGACUUCGUUGUCAUUGGUGCUGGUUCGGCCGGAGCAGUCAUGGCGUCACGACUUUCGGAGAUGGCAGAUUGGUCAAUUCUGCUGCUGGAGGCUGGAGGAGAUGAAACGGAGGUGACCGACGUGCCGUCACUAGCGGGUUACCUUCAGCUGACCGAGUUCGACUGGAAGUACCAAACAACACCAUCAGGAGACCGUCGGUAUUGUCAAGCGAUGAUAGGCGAUCGGUGUAAUUGGCCUAGAGGAAAAGUUAUGGGAGGAUCAAGUGUGCUCAAUGCAAUGGUAUAUGUCAGAGGAAACAGAAGAGACUACGACAGUUGGCUAGAACAGGGAAACAUAGGAUGGGGCUAUGAGAAUGUUUUACCAUACUUCAUCAAAUCAGAGGAUAAUCGUAAUCCGUACAUGGCACGGUCACCGUACCAUGGAGUAGGCGGAUACUUAACAGUUCAAGAAGCACCGUGGAGAACUCCACUCUCAAUAGCAUUCAUUCAAGCCGGGCAAGAGAUGGGCUACGAAUACAGGGAUUUGAACGGAGCAGAGCAGACGGGGUUUAUGUUGCUUCAGGCAACAAUGCGGCGUGGUAGUCGGUGUAGUACUUCAAAGGCUUUUAUACGCCCGGUACGGUUGAGAAAGAAUUUGCACGUAGCAAUGCAUGCUCAAGUGACACGUAUUCUUUUUGACAAAAAUAAUAGAGCUUACGGAGUUGAGUUCUCGCGCCACAACAAAAGGCAACUGGUUUUUGCCAAAAAGGAAAUCAUACUAUCAGCGGGAGCGUUGAACACUCCGCAAAUCCUGAUGCUCAGUGGUGUAGGCCCGGCAGACCACCUUACCGAGCUUGGAAUCCCAGUGUUGUCCGACCUUCCAGUUGGUGACAACUUGCAGGAUCACGUGGGUCUAGGAGGCUUAACUUUCGUAAUAGACGAACCAGUGACUGUGAAGACGUCACGUUUUACAACAGUACCAGUAGCAUUAGAUUAUAUUUUCAACGAACGGGGUCCAAUGACCUUUCCCGGAAUUGAGGGACUAGCAUUUGUCAACACCAAGUACGCCGAUCCAUCUGGCAAAUGGCCAGACAUCCAGUUUCAUUUCGGGCCCAGCUCUGUGAACUCGGAUGGUGGGCAGUACAUACGGAAAAUUCUCAACCUACGUGAUGGCUUUUACAAUACGGUUUACAAGCCACUCCAAAGUGCUGAGACAUGGACGAUUCUACCUCUUCUACUGCGACCGAAAAGUACCGGCUGGGUACGGCUUCAGUCGCGAAACCCAUUUGUACCACCAACGCUCGAGCCCAACUAUUUCGCGCAUCCGGAGGAUGUGGCGGUUCUUGUGGAGGGUAUCAAGAUUGCAGUCAACGUAUCCUCCACCCAGGCAUUCCAACGCUUCGGUUCACGACCGCACAAGAUACCGCUGCCAGGCUGUCGGCAUUUGCCCUUCAUGUCCGACGAGUACUGGGCAUGCUGCAUAAAGCAGUUUACCUUUACCAUCUACCAUCCGGCGGGAACUGCGAAAAUGGGUCCAAGCUGGGAUCCCGGAGCUGUGGUAGACGCCCGGUUGCGGGUGUACGGAGUGUCCGGAUUGAGAGUGGUAGACGCAAGUAUUAUGCCAACGAUCAUCAGUGGCAAUCCCAACGCACCGGUGAUCAUGAUCGCGGAGAAGGCAGCCGACAUGGUCAAACAGGACUGGGGUCGUUGGUGAAGACGGGGUUCAGUGACGAUAAUUCGAAUGUGCCUAAUUUUUGACUGCAUUGAAAAUUGUGUACUUUAAAUAGAGAAAUUUACAAUGUGAUAUAAAAGCGUAACAAAGAAGACACGAACGGACCAGUGAUUGUCGUGGUAGAAAAAGAAAAGAGAGACGCCGAGAGAAUAUAGUUUAAAAAUUUCUGCUAGUCAGCACUUAUGAAUUAGGAUAUUCGAAGUGUUACUGAAUACGGAUUGUUUGAAACAAUAGGAAAUUGUGUCUAAAAAAUUUUAUGUUGACGAAGAUUUUUGUUUUAAAAAAUGUUAUAGGACAAAAAACAAUAUAGAAUAGUAGGACAAUAUGUUCAGGAAGAAGCUCUGAAAGGUAAAUUCUGAUUCUUCUAAUUAAAAGUAUAGUAUGUACUGACCAAUUUCUUGUAUAAAUUAUUUGCUGUUUCUGCGAAUAUGAACGUUACCAACAAGACAAUAAAUAAUAAUG